UGACUCUCCUCCAAUUAGAGAAAAGAGACUCAAAGGAAAUAGACGCACCACGCAUGGGCGUGGCUGUUUUCUGACUUCCCGGGUAAAGAUGGCUGAGCGUGGCUAUAGCUUUUCGCUGACUACAUUCAGCCCAUCUGGUAAACUUGUCCAGAUUGAAUAUGCUUUGGCUGCUGUAGCUGGAGGGGCCCCUUCAGUAGGAAUUAAAGCUGCAAAUGGUGUAGUAUUAGCAACUGAGAAAAAGCAGAAAUCCAUCCUGUAUGAUGAAAGGAGUGUACACAAAGUGGAACCGAUUACCAAGCAUAUUGGUUUGGUGUAUAGUGGAAUGGGCCCAGAUUACAGAGUGCUUGUGCACAGAGCUCGGAAACUUGCCCAGCAAUACUACCUUGUCUACCAAGAACCCAUUCCCACAGCCCAGCUGGUGCAGAGAGUAGCCUCUGUGAUGCAGGAGUAUACCCAAUCAGGUGGUGUUCGUCCAUUUGGUGUUUCUUUACUUAUUUGUGGAUGGAAUGAGGGACGGCCAUAUUUAUUUCAGUCAGAUCCAUCUGUUCUGAUACUUGCCAUGAAAAGCCAUCUGUGUUCACUAAAGGGAGCCUACUUUGCCUGGAAGGCCACAGCAAUGGGGAAGAACUAUGUUAAUGGGAAAACUUUCCUCGAGAAAAGGUACAAUGAAGACCUAGAGCUGGAAGAUGCCAUUCAUACAGCCAUCUUAACUUUAAAGGAAAGCUUUGAAGGGCAAAUGACAGAAGAUAACAUAGAAGUUGGGAUCUGCAACGAAGCUGGCUUUAGGAGACUCACCCCAACUGAAGUGAAGGAUUACUUGGCUGCCAUAGCAUAAUAAAGAUGUGCCUGAACAAUCCAGAUCUCACACAAUCUAUCUACGUACACAUGUUUAAAGUAUGUUUUGUUUGUGCAGUCUUAUUUCUACAUGGUUUAAUGGAUUCACAUUUUUGAAAUAAUAAUCAUAAUAAACUAUUAAAACCAA